UCUUCAUCAUAUUUCUCCUAACGUCUAACCAGUAGUGCUCUUCCACAACCAUAUACCAUGGACAUGGAAAUGGCCAGGCAGUCGAAAACCGGACUUAUGGGCCGCAUGUGGCUGCGGUUGAACCUAGUGAUAGAGAAUUGUUGGGCCAGAUUGGCUGCGGCGGCUUGGAGUGUUGUCAAAGUUGGGAAGGAAGACCCAAGAAGGGCCAUUCAUUCCUUGAAAGUGGGACUAGCCCUCACUUUGGUCUCCCUGAUUUACUACUACCACCCUUUGUAUACUAACUUUGGGGCCACCGCGAUGUGGGCUGUGAUGACUGUCGUCGUCGUCUUUGAGUUCUCUGUAGGGGCUACUCUUAGCAAAGGGGUGAACAGGGGAUUAGCAACACUCCUAGCUGGUGCCCUGGGUGUCGGGGCGCAUCACUUGGCUUGUCGAUCAGGCAAGACUGGCGAGCCUAUACUCCUCGGGUUCUUCGUCUUCCUACAAGCCACGACAUCGACGUUCAUGAGGUUCUUCCCCAGAAUCAAGGCAAGAUAUGACUACGGGAUGCUGAUAUUCAUACUGACCUUCUCACUCGUGUCCGUGUCUGGUUUUCGGGACGAUGAGAUACUAGAGCUGGCUCAAAGGAGGCUCACUACAAUCUUCAUUGGCGGAGCUGCUUGUGUGAUAGUCUCAAUUUUUGUGUACCCAGUGUGGGCCGGGCAGGAUCUUCAUAAUCUAAUUGCCCUCAACUUAGAGAAACUUGGGAACUUCCUGGAAGGAUUUGGAGAUGAGUUUUUCAAACCACCAAUGGAUAUUGAUGCCGAGACCACAGAAAACAAAUCUCUUCGAGGAUACAAGAGCAUUCUCAGCUCUAAAAGUACCGAAGAGUCCUUGGCAAACUUUGCAAGAUGGGAACCUGGUCAUGGGAGAUUCCGCUUCCGCCACCCCUGGAAACAAUACCUCAAGCUAGGAGCACUAACACGAGAAUACGCAUAUCGAAUCGAAGCUCUCGAUGGCUACCUCAACAGGAAUAUCCAAGUGCCGGCACAAGUUCGGGAACAGAUCGAGGAAAUAUGCCGAGAUUUGAGCUCUGAAGCUGCUGAAGGCCUAAAGGAACUAUCACUUGUGGUUAGGACGAUGACCCGAGGGGCAGAUAAUAUUGGUUCCCGCUUGGAAAAUUGCCGGAAUGCUGUUAAGGACCUCAAGGCUUUGCUGAAGACAAGCCUGUGGAAGGACACGGAUCUUCUUGCAGUAAUCCCAGUCCUCACUGUUUCAUCCCUUCUUAUCGAUGUCGUGAAAUGCACGGAGAAGAUUGCCGAGGCUGUCCACGAGCUCUCAUCCUUGGCAAAAUUCAAAGAAACAGAUGCUUCAGUCUCGCCGGAAAAACCAUUGUCCCACGUUGGAGAUAAAUGUGAAGCAUCAAAGCCCGCUGUCGUCCCCACGGUUGAAAAUCAGUGUCCCCGUGUUGUCUUGACAGUCCAUGAGGUGGUGCCGGAAAACGGGAGGCUUCCAGCUGCUCCAGCCCCAGCACCGACUUCAGCACCGACACCAACGCUGGCACCAUUGAAUAGCUAAACAUAUUACAAACUUAUGGCUAUAUAAUAUUUGUAGUGAUAACAUCACAUCUACGUAUAGUACGUCUGCCAAACGAUGAGAUAGUACCAAAGCUGACAUAUUUUAAAGUGUCGUUAUCUCAAAAAAUCCCAAAGUUUGUAAGAAUUAUUUGUUCUAUCAAUUUUUUGCGAUUUGGCCCGUAAAUUCACGUAGUUUUCUGUUGUUACUCUAUCUACCAAUUCGUCAUUUGAUCCGUCAAAAGCGCUGACGUAGACAGUAACGGUACGAGUGAGAAAGGAGGGCAAAAUGGUGAAUUCAUCCAGGCAGUGUUUGAGCUGAAAGCCACGUAGGCUUCCGUUUGCCACACAUGCAACGUUACUGUCCACGCCAGCGCUUUUGAUGGACCAAAUGACGAAUUGGUAGACGGAGUAAUAACAAAAAAUUACGUUAAUUUACUGUACAAAUCGCAAAAAAAUUGAUAGAACAAAUAAUUCUUACAAACUUUAUGAUUUUUUGGGACGAUAACCCUAUUUUAAACAGUAUAUCGAGUUAAAAUGUCAGGAUUUAUAUAUAACAAUAAGGCGAAUGGUACUAUAGGUAUCGUGACCAAAAGAUUGAUUAAUUUAUCCGGUUCGUGCUCGCUUGUAUCUUUUCUCAAGAAAGAGGUCUUG